AUGGCUAGUACUCUAGAGAAUCCAGGAGCUAGUACUCUAGAUAAUACAGAAGUUAGUACUCUAGAGAAUACAGAAGCUAGUACUCUAGAGAAUACAGAAGCUACUGCUAGUAAAAUAGAGAAUACAGGAGCUAAUACUCUGGAGAAUACAGAAGCUAGUACUCUGGAGAAUACAGAAGCUAGUACUCUAGACAAUACAGGAGCUAGUUGUCUAGAUAGUACUCAAGCGAAAACAGGGGCUAGUGCUCUAGAAAAUACAGGAGCUAGUAUUGAGAAUACAGGAGCCAAUACUCUAGAGAAUAUAAGAGCUAGUACUCUAGAGAUUACGGGAGCUAGUACUCUAGAGAGUACAGGAAAUAGUACUCUAGAGAAUGAAGGAGCUAGUACUCUAGAGAAUGCAGGAGCUAGUGCCUUAGAGGAUUCAGGAGCUAGUGCUCUAGAGAAUACAGGAGCUAGUACUCUAGAGGAUACAGGAGAAAGCACUCUAGAGAAUACAGGAACUAGUACUUUAGAGAAUACAGGAGUUCGUCCCACUCUUCAGAACACAGAAGCCUCUGUUCCGAAUGUUGGACUUAAAAGAGUUUCCAAUGUUUAUUUAUCCGAGACAGAUCUGAAGAUCAAAGAUGAAUUUGAUGCCUCUGCUGAUAUCACAUCCAAAACUAACCCUACAUCACCCGAAAUCACUGAAUGCCCUAUAGUGACAGUAUUGAUUCUUCUGAAAGGCUACACAAAGUAUCAGUGA